AUGAGCUCGCCCGGCUUCGAGCACCGCUGGCCGUGCCUGCCCGCCACGCGCGUCUGGCGCGAGCGCGAAGCGUGGAGGGGGGUGUCGUUCCUCCGCCCCUCGGAAGAGCGCAGGAGCGGUAUCUGCGCAGGGGAGCGCCGCGGGGGCCGCUGCCCCCCACCCGGGGGACUCGGAAUCGUUUCUACCAAGCGGAGCCUGUGUGGGAGCCGCCGGUGUCUGCCGGAGGAGCGCAGCGGAGGACACCGAGUCGCAUCGCUGGUGCUGGGUAACGAGCGGGGCGUGAGGGAGGAAAAAAAAAAAGACGACCAAAAAAAGCGGGCUCGUCCGGGAUUUGAACCCGGGACCUCUCGCACCCUAAGCGAGAAUCAUACCCCUAGACCAACGAGCCGCCAUAAGGAGCCCUUUCUCUCCCUUCCAGAGGAACGCUCGAGCGCUGCCGCCGGGUCCGGCCCGCCCGCAGCCGGGGGCGGUGCAGGCCUCGGGCUGCGCCGUCGGCUGGAGCCGACGCGGGCUGCGGGUCGUUCGCCGGGCCCGAACGCUCUCUUCUACUGCAGCCGUGCCCACGAGCUUGUAAGAGGAGCCGAAAUGAGAAGCCCCGCGAAAACAGCGUCACAUAAACGUGAGGUGGCAAACGGGCUCCGUGUGACAGCCGAGCGUUUCCAGGCGGGUGCCAGCCUGUGACCUGACUCGUCGCAGCAGCCCGGCGGCCGUGGAGGCCGAGGUUUCCCCCCUGCCGCACUCAGCCUGGGGGGCCGGGAGCCCUGCGGCUCACCUCGGCACGCGUCUGCCCGGGCAGGGGCUGUGUGGCAGUACGUUGCACCCGUAACAGGCUGCCCCGAGGGGUGGCUGUGCCAGCUGGGCGCCCACCCACCCCUCACGGCCGCCCGAACGCCUGCCCCGCCGGUGCCGCAGCCCACCGAGGAGCGGUCGGGCCUUGCGGGGACUGUUCUUCCGCAGCGGCCUUGUUGGGACAGCUCAAACAAAUCUCGGGCGCGCAGCCUGUCCCGCUUUUUUGCGGUGCUCCCUGUUACUGAUGAGGCAUGCGCACGCCGUUGCUGCCCGUGCUGUUCUCCGGGUUUCUUCCAAUGGCUGUGGCAACCUUAUCUACCCUUGUGUGCAAAAUGUGCUUAAUAUCGGUCUAGCCAUUAACCGCAGCAGUCAAACCACAAACCCCAACCAAAAGAAAGGCUCACGGUUCAUUUCCAGAAUUUAAAACUGUACUACAGCCAAGCAGUGGUGACAUCACUUUCCUACUUUACAGGUGAUGAUUUUAUGGAGACCUGUUUAAAUAUCAGAGUCUUCUUACAAGAAACACUGAUGCUGGUCAGGCUACACUGAUGCUGGUCAGGCCAGUGCUACCCUGGUUCUUGUCUCCAUACAGUAAUAGUCGCUAAACUAAUUUUGCCUAUAUUCCAAGAAACUGGGGGGGAAGGUGGGAGGGAGAUACAGGAAAAAUAAUUGCUUUCAUUUUAUGGGCUUUUUUGUAUAUGAAGGUUAUCAAGAAUACUUGUGGCUCGAGUUGUUCCGUGGCAUCAGUUCAGCACCGGAAUAGCUCAUCAUUAGCAUCCUUUUCCAUUGCAAGUUUUCCUCAGAACACUUCUCCUUGUGUAGUGGGUGAUCCAAGACAUUCUUCUUAACUGAAUUACAGAAAAAUAAUUAUCAAACUCUUCCAAGUACUGUAUGCAAUUACUGUGCUGCUACCAGCUCUGAGUUUUGAAAGAACCACUGCAUUUCUAUUUAACCAGAGUAAACAUAAAUGUAGCACUAUCUGCCAGUCACAAUUUCUCCCAACUUGAAGAGGAAAAAGUAAUGUAAUAGACACCCAAUACUUUCUUUUACAAAUAGAGCUUGUUUUUUCUUGCUC